AAAAAGAGACAAAAGUGUAGCCGUAGCAACCGUGAUCCGCCUCCGCCUCCCGAACGCCAUUCUCAAACCGCCACCGCCACCGCUCCCCGCCGGCGAGCCCUGUCCCCGCCGAAGCACGGUCGCCCCUCCACCUCGAAGGGUUAAUAAACUAGCACCAACAACUUAGGAGGGCCUGAUAACAGCUCAAUCAGUGGAUGUGAAUAUUCUGCAUCCCAUUUAAGUUCUGCUUGAGAUGGCAGUUGGGAUGACAUCCCACCUCUUCCAGGGAGGGACUACUACCAGCAGAUUUAGCCAAAUCAACAAAUUUAGAAGCCCGGAGAAGCGUUGUUCUCUCUCCUUGCCAUCCACUUCGCUUCCUUUUGUUGCUUAUGGGCAGGAUUUAUUGGUUCAGAACGUGUUGGAUAGGAGCUACAGGCCCAUGCUUUAUGUGCCUUGUAGACAUAGGGCCUCGGGCGCUAAAUCUUUUGCUUUGCCAGUGUCUUGGAAGGAAAUUCCGCUGGUCAAGAGUACGUCGUCAGUAUUGGCUAGGUCGUGUGACAGUUUACUUGCAAAUCCUGUCACUGCCCUUGUGGCACCUGCAGUUGGAAUAAUUGUCUUUGCCCUAUGGGGCUUUUUGCCUCUAGUGAAGGACAUUAGAAACCGUAUUGAUCACGGAGGAAACUGGAAACAGAGCCCCACAUACCUAAUUUCUAGGUCCUGCCUUCAACCUUUGCUUCUUUGGACAGGAGCAACGCUAAUCUGCAGGGGUUUGGAUCCAGUUGUGCUACGUUCAUCAGCAAGCCAAGCUGUUAAAACGCGUCUUGUAACUUUUGUGAGAUCUUUAUCUACCGUCCUGGCUAUUGCAUAUGUCCUUACAAGCUUGAUUCAGCAGGUACAUAAAUUCCUAGUGGAUGUACGUAACCCCAAUGACACAAAAAAAAUGGGUUUGGAUUUUACCGUGAAAGCUAUCUAUACUGGCAUUUGGAUUGCUGCUCUUUCUCUCUUCAUGGAGUUGCUGGGUGUCAAUACCAAGAAGUGGAUAACUGCUGGAGGUUUUGGGACAGUAUUGCUUACGCUUGCUGGUCGUGAGAUUUUGACUAACUUCAUCUCGAGUGUUAUGAUCAACGCCUCACGCCCAUUUAUUGUGAAUGAAUGGAUCACUGCAAACAUAGAUGGUGUUGAGAUCACUGGUGUUGUUGAGCGUGUUGGUAUGUGGUCUCCAACAGUUCUUAGAGGUGACGACAAAGAAGCUAUAUACAUUCCUAACCAUAAGUUCACAGUGUCCAUAGUGAGAAAUAACAGUCGAAGGAGCCACUGGCGUAUUAAGAGCUAUCUUGCGAUAAGCCACAUGGAUGCUGGAAAAAUUAGUAUAAUUGUUGCGGACAUGAGGAAAGUCUUGGCUAAAAAUCAGAAUAUAGAACAACAGAGGCUACAUAGAAGAGUAUUUUUUGAGAAAAUUGACGAAACGACCCAAGCUCUCAUGAUUUACGUAUCCUGCUUUGUGAAGACUUCACAUCUUGAGGAGUAUCUGAAUGUCCAGGAGGAAGUUUUGUUGGAUUUUCUUAGAAUAAUUGGCCAUCACAGGGCAAGGCUUGCCACCCAAACUCGAACGGUCCAGAAAUCAUAUGGCAAUGCAGACAUAGAUAACAUUCCUUUUGGAGAGGAGAUGUACACUCGUGUACGUGGCCGUCCACUUCUGAUUGACACCUCUGCAAAGGUCAGUGAAGGCAAGCCUAAAUCUAGAUCAACCUCACGUGAAGAUCAGAGAGUGAAGACAAGCGCAUCGGCUGAGACCAGGGUAGGUUCACCAGAUAGUGCUAGUGUAAGCAACUCUGACAAGAAGGAACAGAAAAAGAUGGUGUCAGAAGAUGGUCCAAUGAAGAAUAGCAAGAAUGAUCAUGGGAUGUCAACACAAGCAUCUCUGGCUGGUAAAGGGGAGCCUCGAGGAUCCGAGGCCACGGAGCGACAAGGAGAUGGGUCAGUUUCUCUUCCUAAUCCUAAGAAAGAAUCUAGACCUGGCCUGGAAGAUAACAUCGUUCUGGGUGUAGCACUUGAUGGCUCCAAGAGGACACUCCCCAUCGAACAAGGAACAGAUCCUCAUGCAUCCGAAAGCGAGCAAGGCACAGUUGAGGUUGGUUCAUUGCCGAAAGAUAAGAAAGGUCAAAGCCAUAUGCCAUGAGGGGGGUCGAUCAAGUCAUCUAGAGAAGGCCGGCCACACGAACUUUGAUUCUUGACAGGCGAUACAAGCUCAAGCAGGGUCCUUGCCAGGGAUUCGUCACCAUGCCUACCUUUUUUGUGUGCUGGUGCAAAUGCUAUUUGUCGCGUCUUCCAUUUUUUUUUUGUAAAUCUUCGCUGAUGCCUCCUUGUUUGGUAAGGAGCCUGUUAGUUCAUAAAAUGUAGCCUAGUCAUUGAUUAUGCUCCCAGUGUACGGAUAUCCUGUACGUAUGGUGAAGCGUAUCAAACAUAAAUUGAGCCGACAUGUGUCGGCUGUUGCAUAUUAUCUUUGCUGCUUCA